AUGGUGUUCGGCUUCAGUAUUUUCACAACACCGUUAGCCGUGUUUUUUGCGGCUACCAAUAUUGAUCUCUCGUUGCCGAUUCGACUGCUAGCGGCUGCAGAAAACUCGAACAAAUUCAUUUACGUGUUCACUCUCUUUUCGACUCUCAUCUGCGACCCAACGGAGAAUUUGUUAAAUUGCUCGAUUUACUAUGAUAUUACAAAGAGCGCUUUUGAGUACAUUGCUAUGUUUGGUCUUUACGAUAUUGCACAGUACUGUCAAUUUAUCAUUUCCUUAAGUCGCUUCCUUGCCAUUUCCUUCAAUGGAGCUUUCUUUCGUUAUACCCUGAAAUUUCCACUUCUCCAACUUAUCAUACCGUACGUGUUGCGAUUCGAUGAAAAGAAGCGGCAGGACGACACGCGCCGAAUCGCUGCUGAUGCU